UAGGGAUAGGGUUAGGGAUAGGGGAUAGAAUAUACAGUUUGUACAGUAUAAAAAAUAUUACGCCUAUGGACUGUCCCCACGGGGAUAGUAAACCAGACAUGCGCGUGUGUGGGUGUGUCCGUGCGUGUGAGUGUGUGCGUGCAUGUGUGGAAGUAGGCCGUGUAAAGAUAGCAGCUUCAACAGCCUCAAUUCUGAGCCCUAAAAUAUCAGAGAAGAGAGUAAGACAAGCCUCCAGAGAGAGACACACAGAGAGCUUAAGACAGUUAGAGCAAGAAAGACAGGUGCAGAGUAAGGACCAAUACAAAGAGAAAGUGUUAAAGAUGAGAGAGAUACGGUUAUGUCAUCUGCCUGUCUCUCUCUCUCUGUCCAAACCCAUCUGCUGUAAGAGACAGACAGACAGACAGACAGACAGAAAGCAGAAGCUUGAGAAGCAGAAAGAGCAGAUGUAAAAUGGGAAUGAGAGAGCGCGAGAGCAGCGUUGCCCUGAGAUACAGGAUGUCGUAACGAGACGAGAGGAGAGGGAGCGCUGAACUGUGAGAGGGGAGCAGAGCGAGACAGAGAGUCAGACAGAGAUUCAUGUUUCCAGUGGCUGUAGCUCACUUACCCCCGCCCGCCCCGAACCGUGGUAUCGCCCGCACAGAUCUGUUAUUGUGCUGCAGAGAGAGAGAGAGAGAGAGAGAGAGAGAGAGAGAGAGAGAGACGUGUGUGUGUGUGUGGGAGCUGCAGGCGUUUUGUUUUCUUCAUCAUUCAGCAAACGACAGCGCGUGGAAAACCAACACCAAAGACAAUCAAUCAGAGAGAAAAACAGAUGUGAGACAGACGCUGUCUUCAUCUCUCACCUCAGAGCGGCCGUGUGCUCUCUCUCACUCUCUCUCCAUCCUUUCUGCACCUCUGAGGACGAAAACCCCCCCACCCCCGGCUGCCAGCACAGAGAGAUAGAAAAUAAGACUGAGCUUUUAUUCAUUUCUCCGUCUGCUCCGUUCUUCUUUCGGGAGCGAGCGGCUUGCCCAUGUCCGUCAACUCGGAAAAAUCUUCUUCUCCGGAAAGGCCCGACACACAGAAGGUACCCUCAGCACCCAUCCCUCCCCCUCCCCCCCCCCCCCCCCCUCCCUAGCCUGUGGUCCCCCCGGAACCAGAGGAGGAGAUUUUGGGCUCUGAUGAUGAGGAGCAGGAGGACCCAGCAGACUACUGCAAAGGUGGAUAUCAUCCGGUGAAGAUUGGAGAUCUUUUUAAUGGAAGAUACCAUGUGAUCCGCAAACUGGGCUGGGGUCAUUUUUCCACCGUGUGGUUGUGCUGGGAUAUUCAAGGGAAGCGUUUUGUUGCUAUGAAGGUUGUGAAGAGUGCACAGCACUACACAGAGACGGCCCUGGAUGAAAUCAAACUCCUCAGAUGUGUGCGUGAGACAGAUCCUGAAGACCCUAAUAAGGACAUGGUUGUUCAGCUCAUAGAUGACUUCAAGAUCUCAGGAGUGAACGGGAUUCAUGUGUGUAUGGUGUUUGAAGUUCUUGGUCAUCAUUUACUCAAGUGGAUUAUAAAGUCUAAUUAUCAGGGUUUGCCGUUACCAUGUGUCAAGAGUAUCAUCAGACAGGUUCUGCAGGGGUUGGAUUAUCUGCACAGUAAAUGUAAAAUCAUCCACACAGACAUUAAACCAGAGAAUAUUCUCAUGUGCGUGGACGAUACCUUCAUUCGGAGGAUGGCUGUGGAGGCCACAGAGUGGCAGAAAGCUGGAGCGCCACCUCCGUCUGGAUCUGCCGUCAGCACAGCUCCUCAACUCAAACAGGUGGGAAAGAUCUCCAGAAAUAAAAAGAAGAAGUUGAAGAAGAAGCAGAAGCGUCAGGCGGAGCUCCUGGAGAGACGGAUGCUGGAGAUAGAAGCUCUAGAGCGGGAGGCAGAGAAACAGAAAGCUCCAAACUCCACCCACUGCCCCGCCCUGGCGCUGGGGGACAGCGAGGAUGAUGAAGAUGACGAAGAAGAUGCUGACGAGGUAGAGCAAGAGGAAGGACAGAAAGAGCGGCCUGUCAGACUCACUAACCACACAUGUGCUGAGGCUCAUCAGCAGGAUGUCCAGGAGAGUGAAGACGACUGUGACGUCCCCCCCUCUAAAGACUGUGAAAGUGAAGAAGCGUCACACGCAGUAGACACACAUGCAGACGCUCCACCCGAUGAGCAGCCGAUUCCAGAGAAACAGGACGAGGCGGAAAAGCCCAAAGAAACAGAACAGCCCGAUGAAAAUGAAGAAACAAGAGAGGAAGAGGAAACAGAUGACGAGGAGUCCACACCCUCACAGAAGUCAGAGCCCGAGCUGAACACGUCGCAGAGGCCGAAAGAGCAGGAAGCAGAUGAAGAAAAAGAGACGAAAGAGACAAAAGACGAAGAGGAGCAUGAAUAUGAUGAAGAUGAUGAUGAUGAUGAUGAUGAUGAGGAAGAGGAGGAGGAGGAGGCAGAUGAUGAAGGUCAGGACGAUUCCAGCAAGGAUCGUGAUGACGCCUUCAAAAUCAACGGUCACGUGAUCACGGGUGAGCAGGAAAGGGAUCGUCUGUCAUCUCCCGUGCGGCCGCCUGUGUGUUCGGCAUCACCGCUGCUCUGCCCGCUGGUGGAAUCUGAGAUCAGCACGACCGACCGCGACGCCUCUGACGCAUCGUAUGAGCUUUUUAAUGGAAAAACCACCAGACUCACCAACGGCUCGCGACACCGCGGCACCACGCCGCGCUACCCUGAGCUGCCCCUGGAUCCUCAGCCGAACGACUGUGAGCGAGACGAAGCUCAGGUGCUCACCGUCACUGCCGACCGCAGCCGAACCGUAUCGUCAUCCAGUACAGGAGAGACACCCAAAGCGAGGCUCCGAUCGGCCGAUCUGCUGGUGAAUCCUUUAGAUCCACAAAACGCUGACGUCCUGCGAGUUAAAAUAGCUGAUCUUGGCAAUGCAUGCUGGGUGCACAAACACUUCACAGAGGACAUCCAGACCCGCCAGUAUCGGUCAGUAGAGGUUCUGAUCGGAGCGGGUUACAGCACACCUGCUGAUAUCUGGAGCACCGCCUGCAUGGCGUUUGAGUUGGCGACAGGUGACUAUCUGUUCGAACCUCAUUCGGGUGAAGAUUACUCUCGUGAUGAAGGUGAGCUGAGGCACAUCACCAAACUCAAGCCGUGGUCUCUGUUUGACGUGCUGGUGGAGAAAUACGGUUGGUUGGCCGAAGACGCCGGUCACUUCACACAUUUCCUCCUGCCCAUGCUGGAUAUGGUUCCAGAGAAACGCGCCUCGGCUUCCGAAUGCCUCAACCACCCCUGGCUCAACUCGUAGCACUUCUCUCGGACUCACGGACGCCUCCCUGUGGACGCGUACUGAACUGAAGUCUGCUGUCCACUGGGGGAGGAAGGACAGAAGAGAGAGGGGCUGUGAGAGCGUCAUGGGUGGGCUCACUUUACAUGAAACUCUGUUUUCCUCGUUCGACAGAACACUGAAGUGACAGGAGUGUGCGGUAACUGCGUGAAAGAUGAGGUCAUCAUUUCAUUGGGUCUCUAAUCUUUCGUUUGAACACUUGUGUUUUCUGGAACGAACAAGUUACAUGAAAUGAAGGUGCGACUCAUUGUGUUUGGUUUAGGGUUUGUAACAUACAAACCUGCCAUGAAGAAUUCUCUCCGAAUAGUCUAGAUAUGAUGCUGUCAAACGUUUGGUAAUAAUAUCAUCAUCUAUAGACCUUUUUAAUCAUUUAUUUAAUCUCAAAUGUCUCUGACUGACACAACAAUGAAUUAUGAUCAGCUGCGUGCGUGUUUGCUAGUUGUUGUUUGUCCAAUCACAACAUCGAAGAAGCCCACCUGAGUCCCUCGGAAUGCAGCUCCGCCCCUUUUGCUAGCUCCACCCCCAAUCAGCAAAGGCGACAUCAUGGAAGGGUCUUCAACAGAGCUGUUUACAAACCUCCGCACAAACGACAACAGCUGCAUCUGAAUAUUUACAGCAAAACUUUCAAUGCAAAACUCUUUUUCUGCUGCUCGCUGUGGUAGAAGACUCUUGAGCUCUCAGCUUCAGAUCAUGUGCGAGGUUUCCUUUGGUUUGUAGCUCCACCGAUCCGUCCGAUUCAACAUUCCUGACUCUACAGAAGUGAUCUGUCACAGACACGCUGACAACGAUCUGCACUUUCUGACAGGACGGCCGCUUCUUGUGUUUGUUCAGGGAAAAACUGUCCAAAAACUCUCAACUGCUUGAGCGCAAGAGCAUCGCGUUCAGUCAUCAUCGUCAUGGACUGAAUGUUCAAAACACAUCAUCCACAUCACAGUUAGUCCAGUUGCCUAUUUUCGCAAUAAAAAUAAAAGUAGACGGUGAAAUAUUUUUAAUUAAAAAAGAAAACAAACGUUCUCUGAUGUUGUGACAGUGGCAAAGUUUUAGUCGUGAUAAGGUGAUAGUGUUUUGUCUAUUUAAAGAUUGGUGAUUUUUUAUUUAUUAUUAUUUACUUCACCUCUCUCCCUUGAUAAUAUCGGAUAGUGCUGCUCUGUAAGGAACUCCUGUUACACUGGACAAAUCUGAUCAAACAUUUUUGCAAUAAUAGUGAUUUAUGAUGAUGAUUUUUUGCACAGAAAGCUCUGGAUGUGUCUCAUGCAGACUGUUCUUCCCAGCGUCAACUCGACUGCGUCUCAUCAAAAGAUUUAAUAAAGUUUUAAAUGAAUGGAUCGCAUCCACUCAACGUUU